ACUGUUCUCCUGAGGACUGAAGUCCCAAAAUAAUCUGGAUCUAGCAGGUUCACCACCAGACUGACCAUGACGCACAUGGCCUUGGAAGUGAAGGAGAGUUUGGAGGAACGCUGUAACCGGAUCUUGAGGAACAUGGAGGCCUCUCUAACAGCCAGGGACCGCGUGGGCAUCCAGGACUUUGUCCUGUUGGACGCCCACACCAGUGAGACGGCCUUCCUGGACAACCUGAGGAAACGCUUCCAUGAAAACCUCAUCUAUACCUACAUAGGAACCCUCCUGGUGUCUGUCAACCCUUACAGAGAGUUGGACAUGUACAGCAAGAAGCAGAUGGACACAUACAUGGGCGUGAACUUCUUUGAACUUCCUCCUCACAUUUACGCUCUGGCAGAUAACGUCUUCCGCACCAUGCUGUCUGAGUGCAACAACCACUUCAUCCUGAUCUCAGGGGAAAGUGGGGCCGGGAAGACCGAAGCCUCCAAGAAAGUCCUGCAGUUUUAUGCAGUCAGCUGUCCCAGUACCAAAGUCCUGAACAACGUCCGAGACAGGCUGGUCCUCUCCAACCCAGUGCUGGAGGCUUUUGGAAAUGCCAAAACCUUAAAGAAUGACAACUCAAGCCGCUUUGGGAAGUACAUGGAUAUCCAGUUUGACCAUCAGGGUGGGGCGGUCGGUGGGCACAUCCUCAGUUACCUGCUGGAGAAGUCUCGUGUUGUUCACCAGAACCAUGGAGAAAGAAACUUCCACAUUUUCUACCAGUUGGUAGAAGGAGGAGAAGAAGACCUGCUCCGCUGGCUCGGCCUGGAGAGAAACUGCCAGAAUUAUAAUUAUUUAGUACAAGGGAACUGCACCAAAGUCAGCUCAAUCAAUGACAAAAAUGAUUGGAAAACAGUGCGGAAAGCCUUGUCUGUCAUAGACUUCAGUGAGGGCGACACUGAGAACCUGUUUGGAAUAAUCGCUAGUGUGCUUCACUUGGGAAAUAUCAAAUUUGAAGCAGAUCAUCGUGGAUAUGCCUCUCUGAACAACAACCAGGAGAUGCAGUGGGUGUCCAAGCUGCUGGGGAUUCCUGCUCAGGUUCUACAACAAGGUUUAACCCACAGGAAGAUUGAAGCCAAAACUGAAGAGGUGUUCAGUCCUUUCUCCGUGGACCAUGCAGUGUAUGCCAGGGAUGCUCUUGCCAAAGCCAUCUACGGCCGAACUUUCAACUGGCUGGUCAACAGGAUCAACGAGUCAUUAGCAAACAAGGAUUCCUCUAGGAAGACUGUGAUUGGUCUGCUGGACAUCUAUGGGUUUGAGGUGUUCAAUGUGAACAGUUUUGAACAGUUUUGCAUCAACUAUUGCAACGAAAAACUGCAGCAGCUGUUCAUCGAACUGACCCUGAAGUCAGAGCAGGAGGAGUACAAGUUGGAAGGGAUUGAAUGGGAACCAGUGCCAUACUUCAACAACAAAAUCAUCUGUGACCUCGUGGAGGCCAAACACAAAGGCAUCAUCUCUUUAUUGGACGAAGAAUGUUUACGUCCUGGAGAGGCAACAGAUCUGACUUUUCUAGAGAAGAUGGAGGAAAAAAUUGGAGGACACCCCCAUUUUGUCACACAUAAACUUGCAGAUCAGAAGACCAGGAAAACACUAGAAAGGGGAGAUUUCCGCCUCCUUCACUAUGCUGGGGAGGUCACAUACUGUGUGGUUGGUUUCCUGGACAAAAACAAUGACCUCUUGUAUCGAAAUGGCAAAGAGGUCAUGCGACAGUCCAAAAAUACCAUCAUCAGACUCUGUUUUCCUUCGACUGAACCAGACAGCAAGAGGAGACCUGAAACUGUGGUGACUCAGUUUAAGAGCAGCCUGGUGGGUUUGACUGACAUCCUGUUGUCCAAAGAGCCCUGGUAUGUCCGCUGCAUCAAACCCAAUGAAGCCAAGCAGCCAGGACGCUUUGAUGAUGUGUUGGUGAGGCAUCAGGUGAAGUACCUGGGCCUGAUGGAGCACCUCAGGGUCAGACGAGCUGGAUUCGCUUACCGCCGCAAAUAUGAGAUCUUCCUUCAGAGGUAUAAGCCCCUCUGUCCAGAUACCUGGCCCAACUGGAGAGGGACUGCAGCAGAAGGAGUUCGGUGUCUAAUCAAAUACCUGGGUUAUAGAUCUGAUGAGUACAAGAUGGGCAGGACAAAAAUUUUCAUCCGCCACCCGAAAACUCUGUUUGCAACAGAAGAUGCAUUUCAGGUCUGCAAACAUAAGCUGGCCACACGGAUUCAGGCCAAGUACAAAGGAUAUCGUGUGAAGGGAGACUUUCAGAAACAGAGGGAGGCUGCCACGAAGAUUGAGAACUGCUGGAGAGGUCUGAUGGCCAGAAAGGAGAGGGAGAAGAGGGCGUGGGCCGUCAAAGUUAUCAAGAAGUUCAUUAAAGGGUUCAUGACCCGAAAUCAGCCCGCCUGCAUCGACAACAGUGAAUAUCUGGCCUAUGUGAGGCAGAACUACCUGACACGGCUGAAGGAGAACCUUCCUAAAACCGUUCUGGAGAAAGAUGCUUGGCUGACCCCCCCACCCAUCAUGCAGGAGGCAUCACAACUUCUGAAGAAGAUCUACAUUCGCCACAUGGUUUGGAAAUACGUGCAUGGAGUCAGUGUGCAGAAGAAAGGACAGCUUCAGUUAAAGGUUCAGGCAAGUUCCAUGUUCAAAGGAAAAAAAGAAAACUACCCGUUCAGUGUGUGCAGGCCUUUCCUGGACACCAGAAUAGGUGAAGAAGACAUCAGCAUUAAAGUUCUUCAGCUGAUCGGACCAGAGUGCAUCAAGUACAGCGUACCGGUGGUGAAAUACGACAGGAACGGCUUCAGGCCUCGGCUCCGGCAGCUCAUCUUUACUCUGGAGGCAGCGUACCUGGUGGAGGAGGCCAAGAUCAAGCAGAGGAUCGAGUUCAGCUCUCUGAAAGGUGUGUCAGUCAGCAACCUGAGCGACAACUUCCUGAUCCUUCAUGUGACAUGUGAUGACAUCAACAAAAAGGGGGACCUGGUCCUGCAGUGCGACUACCUGUUCGAGGCUUUGACCAAACUCAGUGUUAUUGCCAACAAGCAGAACUGCAUCAGAGUGGUCCAGGGCAGUGUGCGGUUCGACAUCCAGCCUGGCAGAGAGGGCUUCGUUGACUUUAAGAGUGGUCAGGAGUCCAUGGUCUACAGGGCGAAGAACGGACAUCUGAUGGUGGAGUCCACCAGGACCAAGUCCAGAUGA